AUGAGGGAAAGAGUUUAUUUCCGGCUGCCGUCGCCGUUCUAUCAGCAGCUGGCUACGGUCUGGUUAAAACCUUAUUUGUUGAAGAAAACAGUCACCACCGUAACCAACCAACUGGAAAUGGCACGCGAUACCAACACCUCUUGGAAAACAACCAUUAUAAUCAGUACCUCACCUCAGUGUGAUGAACCCUCACAGAUUCUUGCGCAGCAGCACAAGAUUCGCCGCUCGGACAACAUUCUGGCCUCUUCUUUUGUUUUUCCCUUGUCAGGUACGGCUUUCUUACUGGUCACAUUAGAGGAGUUUUCAGCCAAGCUUGAGAAUACAGAACUUUUUGAGAGAAUUGAGAAGCUUAUGAAGGUCCAUAGAAACAGUUUUCUUCUGCUUCAAGCUCCAGUCUAUGGAAAAAGAGAGUGGGACAUAUUGUCAUCAGUGCAAAACAGAUUCCUUGGCUGUAACCUCAGAGUCAUACCCGUGCAUAGUACUGCUGAUGUAGUGAAGGGAAUGCUGAUCAUCGCUAAGGCCACAAGUAAACCCAAAGUGGAGAAUUUGAGAGAUCAGAUGUCUUUGGCUUGUGCUCGCAUCGUUGAUCAUAGCCCAGUUUGGGGGAUGCUUCAAGAGAUGCAGUUCUAGUGCUAUUUAUGUUCUUGUCCAUGUAUCUUCUUUAUGUUUGCUAUACUUAUUUUUAACAGCAGAUGUCAGUAUUGUUUCAUAGUAAGGUGUGUAAAAAACUGUUAAUUGCCAUUCCUACUUCUGUUCAUAUCCUUGUAAAAAAACUUUUUCCUUCAUAAUAGCAAAAUAGUUCAUAAACCAUUAAAAACUAAGUAUAAACCUUGCUGGAAAAGACUUUCAGAGUAGAAUACAGUUUUGAAAAUAUCGAUUUUGUAGUUCUCAGUCUCACAUUGUUUUUUAUCAUUGCAAAAUACAGCAUGGUUCAGAGAACGUAAAUAAAUACAUUAUUCAGUCCAGACCACAA